AUUAGGCCUCAAACUUUGGACAAAAUGGCGGCUAUCAAAACAACGUAUCUUCUGCUAGUUUUCUUGCCUUAUGCGUUUGCAAGCUUUUUCGAGAUACAGUACCCGAAUGUGUUGGUUACGGCUGAGACUGGUGGUAAUCUUACCGUAGAGGCAGGGCCACAAGGCGGAAACGUCAUCAUGAAACCAACCGGUAAUGGCACUGUCUACAUUGGUACGACCGACAUGCUAAAACUGUUUGAGAUCGUCAACAGCAUGCCACCCGUAUGGGAAUCGAAGGCCGUUCACGGAUCGCUGGGCACGUUCCUCGGGGGAGUGUCAAUUUCACUGAAUCUUGAAGCUGUGGACCCCGAAGGAGGUUCACUGAAGUAUGAGAAGGUUUCCGGUGCACUGCCGCCUGGUGUCCAUCUGAACAAAUUGACCGGACAAAUUUCCGGUACAGCACCGGAUGUGGAUGCUACCUAUCAGUUCGGCAUCCGGGUUACGGACAAGCACGGGAAAUAUGCCGACCAAAUCUUCUCUAUAGACACAAGAGAGAAGAACCAGUGCCUCAGUAACCCGUGUAGUCACGGAGGGUCGUGUGUGGACGAUAUUGACAGUUUUGUAUGUACUUGUCAGCCACCGUACGGCGGAAAGACGUGUGCUACAAACUGUGAGAACCAGGCGUUUGGGGUGGACCAGGGCAGUAAGAAGAUACCAGAUGCCCGGAUGUCUGCUCACUACUCUUAUGGGGAUCACCCGGCCUCUGACGGGCGUCUGAAUGCUCCUCAGGGCUGGAUCGGACAGAAUACUGCCUCGUGGCUACAGGUUGACCUCGGUGACGUCAUGGAUGUGCACGCUGUGGCUACCCAGGGCUACACGUCAUCGACGUACUAUACGUCAGAGUACCAACUGCUGUACAGUUCCGACGGCAAUACCUUCGUGAGCACAAAGAAUGGAACUGGCAACAUGGUGUAUACCGGAAGUACGAACGUGAACACCGUGACGAAGCACGUCCUCACUACUCCCCUGCACGCUCGCUUUAUCAGAUUCAAGCCAGUCACGUUUAGCAGCCACCCCGGCAUGCGCGUAGAAGUUUACGGAUGCCAGAUAAAUUCUAAUCCCUGAUUACGUGUCGAUAAAGACGUAUAUGAAAAUGUACUUCAGUUUAAUUGUGAAUUCAAAAUAAAUUGAGUUUGU